GAGGUGAAGGCUCGCGAGGAAAAGCUUUCGUGCUCCCGAACGACGCGCGUACGCUCGGUCUCCUGGGGACCACGGCGCGCGGAGCGGCGCCGAGUAGCUCCAGUAGUAGUCGAGCCGUCGCGACGACACGAGACGGGAACGGAGCGACGGUGUUCACCAGCCGUUGCUUCGCGGUGACGUCACUCUCGCGACUCGCGAGUGAUCGAAAAAAGUGCAGGUAUCCCGAAGAUCCUAUAGAAUGGAACGUCUGAAAUAAAAAAGAGAUCAAGUAGCCGAAAAACCGGACGGAUCGCGAGGAAUCCCCAGUGGCGAGGGGUCAACGGUCGACCGAAAGAGAAGAUCCAGCCGAGUGUCCUGCCACUCGGGGAGCGUGGUCGUCGGCUAUUCGCGGAACUCCCCGGAGCGUGGAGGUGAAAGUAACCGGCGCACCGUCGGAACGGCUCGGCCUGCAGACGUUCGCCUCUAUGCCGUAGCACGUGCUACUACGUACGCGAACUGUUUCGAUGUGAGAGAAUCGACCGCGACGCAUCGUAGACAUGAGGCUGGUACUCGCCGUUUGCUGGGCCCUGGUGGUCCUCCGGGUCGCUGGGACGGAGCGGCGACAGGAGGCGAGAACCGAAUGUCCCCACAAGUGCAUGUGCUUCGUGAAGACUGUGCGGUGCAUGUUUCAGAAGCUGAACCGGGUACCGCGGGUACCGGCGAACACGACGGUCCUCGACCUGCGGUUCAACAACAUAGCAGACAUCCGUCCGGGAUCGUUCCACGGUCUGUUCGAGCUGCACACCCUCCUGUUGAACGACAAUCGAAUAAGACACCUUCAUCCAAGGACAUUCGAGGGUGCGCCCAAUCUGAGGAUCCUCUACCUCUACAAGAACCGUUUGGAACAUGUAUCCCCUGGCGCUUUCGCGGGACUUCCCAAGCUGGAGCAACUGUACCUCCACUACAAUCACCUGCGUGAGAUCAAGAGUGGCACGUUCAACGACCUGCCCUCCCUCGAACGCUUGUUCCUCCACAGCAACAAGCUACACCGACUUCCAGCGGACGCGUUUCGAAAUGUUGGUCCCAUGACCCGGCUGAGGCUCGACAGCAACGCCUUGGUCUGCGACUGCAACCUCGUCUGGCUGGUGCAACGUCUCCAAAGCAAGCCUGCGGAGAUGGCUGCCGUCUGCCAGUCUCCAGUGGAAAUGAGGGGACGAUCGCUCACGGCGAUGUCCCCCGACGACUUCCAUUGCACUAAACCGCAGAUCAUGAACGGUCCGCAGGACGUAGAAGUCAGACUGGGCGGGACUAUCAGCUUCACCUGCGAGGUCGCAGGUGACCCGACCCCGGAGAUCAAGUGGAUGCGGGAUUCGAACGAGGUGUCACCGGAUGGUAGCCGCUACGUGAUCCAGGAGGACGGGACGUUGAUCAUAUCGGACGCCACCGAGCAGGACACUGGCGAGUACGAGUGCCUGGCCAAGAGCGAGAUGGGAACCACCCAAUCUCGAAAAGCCAGAGCGGUGAUCACAAUGUUCUCUUCGUUGAGGUUCACUCAGUUGCCCGAGUCCCAAACGGUGCGGGUCGGCUCCGACGUGAGCUUCUCCUGCCAAGCGGAAGCUCGUCCUGCGCCGAGAAUAGAAUGGUGGCGGGACAACGAGCCCCUGAGCUUGACCGGUCGAUUCUCCGUCGAGGAUCGCGGCAACGUGCUCCGUAUCCUCGCCGCGAAGGAGUCCGACGCGGCCAGAUACGUCUGCAGGGCUCAGAAUUCCAAUGGGUACGCGGAGACCAGCGCCGAUCUCAAGGUGAUCGACACCUCCUACGGCCCGCCCAGGUUGACGUACGAGCCACGGGACAUGGAGGCAGAGCCGGGCGCCAUCAUCGAGGUGCCCUGCAGGGUCGAGGGUGUCCCGAAACCUGUUAUUCAAUGGAAGAAGGAUGGAACAGCGGUCGAAGGCAACAGGGUGAAGAUAUCGCGAGGGGGCAGCUUGUAUUUGUACAAUGUUACCUCUGCGGACACUGGCAGAUACGAGUGCUCAGCCGUGAACGAAUACGGCCGCACAACGGCCCAAGCUUUGGUCCGUAUUCGCCAACCCGAGGCGACGAACGUCCUGGUGAUAAGGGCCUUCAAAGAUGCCAAGGAGGAGAUCGAUCGCGCCAUCAAUAACACGUUAAUGACUCUCUUCAGCGGCGACAGAUCCGCGCAGCGAGUGAAUCCGUUCAGGCGCGCUCGUUUCCCUGACGCGAUCGGACGCGCGGCUGCCAGACCUGCGGAAAUAUUUGAAAGGACCCUGGUUAACAUAAGACGCAUGGUGAACGCUGGCAUCGCGGCCAACACCACCGACGAGUUCCGAUACGAGGAGGUUCUUACCCCAGAACAGGUCAAGGAGAUCGAGAGACUGUCCGGUUGCACCGGGCAUAGACAUCAGCAGAACUGCACGAACAUGUGUUUUCACAGCAAGUACCGUAGCAUAGACGGUUCGUGCAACAACCUGCGUCAUCCCACCUGGGGCUCGUCCUACACGGGAUUCCACAGGGUCCUGCAACCGAUUUACGAGAACGGGUUCUCGUCGCCUGUAGGCUGGGAAAAGGGGCGUCGUUAUUACGGGUAUCCAAAGCCGGCAGCGCGACUCGUCUCUACGACCCUGGUGACCACGCAUAACGUGACCUCCGACGAGAGGAUCACCCACAUGGUUAUGCAAUGGGGACAGUUCUUGGACCACGACCUGGAUCACUCUCUGCCGUCGGUGUCCAGCGAGUCCUGGGAUGGCAUAGACUGCAAGAAGUCCUGCGACAACGCAGCACCGUGCUUCCCCAUGGAGGUUCCACCAGGGGAUCCUCGAAUAGCCAACAGAAGGUGCAUCGAUUUUAUCAGAACCAGCGCAGUCUGCGGUUCUGGGAUGACGAGCGUGUUAUGGGGCAGCUUCACUCCUCGAGAGCAGCUGAACCAGCUCACCAGCUACCUAGACGCGUCUCAGGUGUACGGGUACGACGACGACUUGGCCAGAGACCUGCGCGACCUCACCACUGACCAUGGCCUGCUGCGAGAGGGUCCCACCAUCCCGGGACACAAACCUCUGCUACCGUAUGCCUCUGGCCAAUUCGUUGACUGUAGAAGGGACCCUCUCGAAAGCUCCAUCAACUGCUUCGUGGCUGGGGACAUCCGAGCCAACGAACAGGUAGGUCUGCUGGCGAUGCACACGAUCUGGCUGAGGGAGCAUAACCGCGUGGCUCGCCAACUCCGCGAGAUGAACCCGCACUGGAACGGGGAGAAGCUCUACCAGGAAGCCAGGAAGAUCGUUGGCGCGGAGAUGCAACACAUCACCUAUCAGCACUGGAUGCCCCGCGUCUUCGAUGGUCCGACCGACGAGCUCCUGGGUUCGUAUCGCGGCUACGACCCCAACUUGGACGCAAGCGUGUCGAACGUCUUCGCCACCGCAGCUCUAAGAUUCGGGCACACGUUGAUCCAACCGCGACUAGAGCGCCUCAACGAGUUCUUCCAGUCGAUUCCUCAAGGUCCUCUUCUUCUCAGGGACGCCUUCUUCUCGCCGUGGAGGGUCGUCGAAGAAGGUGGCGUGGAUCCCUUGAUAAGAGGGAUGUUCGCCACCGCUGCAAAGCUGAAAUUGCCCGAGGAGAACCUCAACUCCGAGCUGACGGAGCAGCUGUUCCGCACCGCUCACGCAGUGGCGUUAGACCUGGCUGCGAUGAACAUCCAACGUGGAAGAGAUCACGCUCUGCCUGGGUACCUAGAAUGGCGGCGAUUCUGCAACAUGUCGCGCGUCGAGACCUUCGAGGACCUGGCUAGCGACAUACGCAGCGCCAAGGUUAGACAGAAGCUGAGGGAGCUGUACGGUCACCCUGGGAACAUAGACGUUUGGGUAGGCGGCGUUCUGGAGGAUCAGCUACCGAACGCCAAAGUGGGACCUCUGUUCAAGUGUUUACUGCUGGAGCAGUUCAAGCGCACCAGGAACGGCGACAGGUUCUGGCACGAGAGUCCAACGGUGUUUAAACAGGAGCAACUCGCGCAGAUCAAGCAGACAAGCUUGGCUCGCGUUCUCUGCGACAAUGGGGAUAAUAUCAAACGAAUACAGCCGAACGUGUUCCUUCUACCGGAAGGUGAUAACAGAUAUGUUAAUUGCGAAGAGAUACCCCACAUGGACCUGAGGCUCUGGUCUGAUUGCUGCGACGGGUGCGAGGACAACAGCAACACGAUCUCGCGUUUCAGACGCAGCGCGGCUAAAUACAUGCCGCAGCACAACCUAGCGAACGAUCUGCUCGCGCGAAACAGCGACGAGAGGAUCGAGUAUCUGGAAAGAACGAUCGAGGAGUACGAGCACGAGUCUGGAAGGGUCAGAGAGAUAGUCGAGUCUUUAUCUGGUAGAAUGAAAGAAUUGAGAUCGCUGUUAGAGGACGUGAAGAAACUGAAGUAGAUGUUUCAGUGUUCUUCUCUUCCGUUCGCUUAGGCUUGCUUCUGUUUCACAGAUUUACUUUGCACAGUUAGUAUUGUACAUACACUCGUGAGCCGUAGAAGCUGCACGAUAGAGCGCGAAGAUCGAUUCUUUGUUGUCCUCUGGCUGGGUCGGCUCCAUUCGUCGUUUAAAUAUCGCAUCUCUAGUCCCGUAUCCGAUACUGAAGAAGCUCUAAAAAAGAAAAGAAACUAUUUGUACUAGCAAACUAUUUAAUUGUCGCUACUUUUAUGGUUGAACCAUUACAUACUCGGACGAUUAGACGAAUCACUUUUGGACUACAAAGAAUUGCAUAUUGCUUUGGCGACAUAAUAUAGGCACAUUUCAAGAUGAGAUUAUUUAUAUAGUCGAUUCUAUUGUAACUCGUAGCUUGCCAUUCGGUAUUGUAGAAACACGGAAAUGAGAAAGUAGGUCUUUUUACUUCUAGCAAUUUUUUAAUCUUUUUCUAUGCAACAAUGAUAUCGCAUUUUCUUUAGAUAGCGAUGCAAAGUAUUUAGGUAUAGCUUUACGUCCCCCGAUUUUAUAUGAAUGUAUAAGUCGACGCUACGUAUACAUUGGUUGGCAAUAUUGCAAGAAACUAAUUAAUUUGUUAAUAUCGCCUUUAAUCAGGCCAAAAAAUGUUGACUAAUACGCGCAUUACUUAAUUACGACAAUUUUAACAUCAGUCAAUGCUACAUCAUCAGCAAUUGCAUUUUUCGUAAUCCUGUGCCAUUAAACAUUAUAGAAUGUAUUAUAAUCAUUUAUAAUAUAUAUUUUUAAUAGCAAAGAAAUGUUUUAGUCAAAAUGUGUUCAGUUCAUAUUAUGUACAAAAGAGCAUGAUACAAGUUUUUAAUUAAGAAAUUGUAUUCAUUAAAUACUUAUAUACAUGAUAGAAGUACUAUAAUCCAUUAUUCUAACUAUGGCACUCUGUACACUUAUUGGUAACAGUAUACAGUGUUUCAUUUCGCAAUAAAUUUUGUGUGUCUCCCA